GCCAGAUCGCCUGAUUGCUGUGCCUCAAAACAGCGUGUGCUCCUAUGAUGUACCUAGUGCUCUGGUCGCACAUAUAGAGGCACUUUUUCAUCCGAAAAAAAGUGGGACUGUAAUUUGUUUUGCACAUACCAUGUACCCGCUUCUCUGUGUUUUUUUCGCUUUUUUCUCGCCCGUGCAUGCGCGGAGUGCUUCGCAGUUUAGUGGUUCCCGUUGUCGUCCAUCUGCUGCAAUUCUCGUCCCCGCCGUGUUGCCCCGUGAGCCUACCAAUUCUUGCUCAGGAUUUUUGCGCCAAAGCUACAAGGACCUCUUGCGGUGCACUGUGUCUCCAGCAUCUGCACCGCGGAGUGGAGACGGAACGGGUCAUCUACACAUACCAUGUUCGCGCACACCCUACCCGGGAAACAGCCAUUACCUUGCAACUGUCACGCACCCAGAAACCGUCCCUGAAACCCGCAUUUUCGUCAGGCGCGGUCUAAGUCUCGUAUCACGUGCCAAGAGCUACCUGUCUCCACUUUGUGGAGGCCAGCAAGUCGAUGGUUUCGGUCGUCCUCCCCCUGUGACCGCGUCUGGAGUGCAACCAUCCUCAGCUUCCUGCAAGACGGUAAAGAAGGAGGAACGUAGCAACGCACUAAGCCAAACUGGAAUAAUGAACAAAAUGUCAGGAUUCCAGCGAAUCAAGGUGGACCAGCCAGUGGUGGAGAUGGACGGCGAUGAGAUGGCCCGGGUCAUCUGGGCAAUGAUCAAGGAGAAGCUGAUUCUCCCCUAUCUUGAUAUUCCUUUGAUGUACUACGACUUGAGCAUUCAACACCGCGAUAAGACAGAUGAUCAGGUCACGAUAGAUGCUGCCCUGGCCAUCAAACGCCAUGGGGUUGGUGUUAAAUGUGCGACUAUCACGCCAGAUGAACAGAGAGUGAAGGAGUUCAACCUCAAGAAAAUGUGGAAGUCGCCAAAUGCAACGAUCAGGAACACCCUGGACGGCACCAUUUUUCGAGCUCCCAUUCUGAUGAAAAACGUCCCUCGCCUAGUACCUUCGUGGACGAAACCAAUCAUCAUUGGUCGUCAUGCUCACGCUGACCAAUACAAAGCGCUCGAUUUCACCGUGGACAAACCUGGCCGCUUUGUGAUGAGCUUCAUCCCUGCUGACAAGUCUAACCCUGAGGUGCACGAAGUCUACGAGUUCAAAGGCGGCGGCGUUGCUCUCGGAAUGUAUAAUACCGAUGCAAGUAUCAAAGGAUUUGCACACUCGUGUUUUCAGUACGCGCUGGACCAGAAGAUGCCUCUGUACCUCAGUACGAAAAACACGGUUCUCAAAAAAUAUGAUGGAAGGUUCAAGGAUAUAUUUCAAACAAUUUAUGAGAAGGAGUACAAGCAAAAGUUUGAGGAGGCUGGACUCUGGUACGAACAUCGCCUGAUCGAUGACAUGGUCGCCCAAGCAAUCAAAAGCUCUGGCGGCUUUGUUUGGGCGUGCAAGAAUUAUGACGGAGAUGUUCAGUCGGAUGUCGUAGCCCAGGGAUAUGGAAGUCUCGGUUUGAUGACAAGUGUGCUUGUCUGUCCAGACGGAAAGACAAUCGAAGCAGAGGCAGCCCAUGGCACCGUCACGCGGCACUAUCGGCAGUACCAAAAGGGAAUCAAGACAUCAACAAAUCCGAUAGCCUCUAUUUACGCGUGGACACGAUCUCUCGGUCAUCGGGCAAAACUUGAUAACAAUCAGAAGCUUAAGGAAUUUGUCGAGGCGUUGGAAGAUGCCUGUGUAGAGACCGUAGAGGCAGGCUUUAUGACGAAGGAUCUGGCACUGGCCAUAAAAGGCGACAAGCUGACUGACAGGGACUACCUUUGCACAGAAGAUUUCAUGGACAAACUAGCGCGCGUGGCUGAGCGCAAGCUUUUGGAACGACAGAUCAUAAGUAAAGCGUAGACUUGUGCCAUCAGACGUAGCUUGCUCAUCGUCGAACUGCUCCACGGCCACUGGAAUGGGGGAGCUUUCUUGGGGCAUGUUGUUCAUCUGACUCGUUUUAUAUCCUGAUGGUCUCUUCGCAGCUAAGGUUGAACAAUUUCCUUUUCUACAAACGAUUUAUCUCUUCUCAAAUAGAAUCUCCGUUACGUGGGAAAACGCGGACACACUUUCUGUGGUUUUGUGCAAACAGCAGGCGCCCUGGUUUGUGACUGCGAACGUGUGCCACCAAUUGUCUUGGCGCCCGCACAGCACGUGACGUGUUUGUCAUGGAAAACCAGUUUUACAUAAUCA